ACGAACCGGCAGCUGGACAACCGUCGAUAGGUCGCUUUCCCGUUGAAGAAGAUUUUUUUUGGAUAAUUUUUAGCUGUCCGCGGUGGCAACAUGAGAGUGAGUGAAGUCCACGCGGCAGAGUCUGUUGCCUACCUCAACAGAGCACUGGUCAGGUUGCAGGAUAUUUGGGAGGAAAUCGGGAUUCCAGAGGAGCAGCGCUUACAGAGAACCAAUGAUGUCCACAAGCACAUUAAAGGUUUGCUGGACCUAAUGAUCGCCGAGGAAGAAGAGCUCAAGAAGAGAUUAGUGAAAAGCAUAGAGUCCUGUCGCAAGGAACUUAACAGUUUGUGCACUGAUCUUCAGCUGCCCCCCUUUGAGGAGGAGGAUGGCUGCACAAUGUUGCAGAUGGAGAAAAACAGCCGCACACGUCUAGAGGUGAUGAAGGAGCACAAGAAGCAAAGAAUGGAAGAGCUUAAAGGCCUCAUUGUCAAAGAUCGCGAGCUGUGUGAUAUUAUGUGCACUACCCCUUUUUGCAUUGACCAGGAAUCCAUCCCAUCACUGAAGCAACUCGAGGCAUAUCAUGCCUACCUUGAUGAUCUGACCAAAGAGAAGGAGCAUCGUCAUGAUGAAUUUGUGAGCAUAAAGAAGGAUAUUAUUGUAUGCAUGGAUGAUCUGGAGCAGAACCCGGAGACCAGUUUUGAGAUGGAUGUGAUGUGUGAAGAUGAGGAGGCAUUUUGUCUGUCAAAUGACAACAUUGCUGCUCUUAAACUACUCCUCAGUCAGUUACAAGAACGCAAGGCUGAGAAUGAGCGCCGUUGCUCAGCUUUCCGCACUAAGAUCCAGGAGCUGUGGGAAAGACUUCAGAUUCCCCAAGAGGAGAAGGAAGCACUCUCAGAGCAUAUGGUCAAGUCAAAGAAGAAAAACAUUGAGGCACUCCAGGUUGAGGUCCAACGUCUACAGGUGCUCAAAAUGCAGAGCAUGAAAAGUGUCAUUGAGUCCAUCAGAGCUGAGAUUGCCCUUUUCUGGGAGAGAUGCUUCUACAGCCAAGAACAGCAGCAGGCUUUUAUUCCAUAUCAUGAUGAUGACUUCACUGAGGAGCUUCUCAACCUGCACGAGGCUGAGGUCAGGACCCUGAAGAAGUAUUACGAGGACCACAAAGAGCUCUUUGAAGGAGUCACAAAAUGGCAGGAGAACUGGACUUUGUACUUGGAACUUGACAAAAAGGCUAAUGACCCUUCAAGGUUCAACAACAGAGGUGGGAACCUUCUGAAAGAAGAGAAGCAAAGAACUGACCUGCAGAAAAGUUUGCCUAAGCUGGAAAAGAGUCUGAAGACUCAAAUUGAUGCUUGGGAGCAGGAGCAUGACAAGGAGUUCCUGAUGAAUGGACAGAAAUUUCUUGAGUAUGUGCAGGAGCAGUGGAAUCACCACCACACUGAAAAGGAGAAAGAGAAAAUGGAAAGGCAACUGAAGAAAACUAAACAGACUCAGGAGGACAUGUUAUACGGAACAGCAGUGAGGACACCGUCCAAAAGGCGGAUAGCAGGGACUCCCACACCUGGGAAAGUAAGAAAGCUCAACGGCACCUCGACCAUCUCCACUCCCAACAGCUUUCUUAGUUCAGGUCUUGGUGGAACCAUGUGCCACUCCUCCAUCCAGAAACCACCUCUGUCUGCCAGCAAGGGUCUUGGCCUACGAACCCCUGGACAUGGAAAGACUCCACGUGCACUAGACCGAAACAAGGAAAACAUCUCCCAUCUUAAUAGAAAUACUCCAAGUGGCACACUAAGGUCUCAGGAUACUCAAGAUCACACCUUCACCUUUAACUCUAUUGCUGGCUCCUAUUCGGAAUUUGCGAGAGACCUCACGAAGGCUUCUAAAUCAAAUGUGAAGUCAGGACUGCUGAACUCCACCGUCAGUCAACAGUGAUGAUUCAGAUGAGCUGCUCGGCCACCGGGAGUCAUCCAGCUCAGCGGUAGUUUUUUUUUUUUGGGUGGGGGUGGGUUAUAUUGGACAACAGGGAACUUCAAUGUAAACUUCUUACAAAAAAUGUAAAUAUUUUGAUCUAUGUGAACACUUUGAAACUCUGUCUAUCCUGUUUUCGUCUAUUUUAUUUCAGGGUUACUGCUGGAGCAGUGUUCUCUGCUGUAUGUAUUUUUGUGGCAGUUAAAUGAUGUGUGUACCAUGGCUGUUUUUGGCUCUUUUACUUUUUCUUUUGGGGUUACAGCCUUUUUUAAGUCAAAUGUUAUUAAGCAUAUCUAGAGCAUUACUUUAGUACUGCAUCAGUUAGCCUGUGCACCAAGAUUUUCUUCCCCCAGCUGGAAUGACAGCUAAAUUUGUUCCUCAGAAACUAAAUGUUGAGUGCUUUUUUUUAAAAUCAAGCUGUAAAUAAACGUUUUAAAAAAACGUUGAUCCUCACUAGGUGUAACUGUUUAUUGUCCUGACUAAUUUUUACUUGUACCUGAAUGUUUUCGUCCUAUGUCCUAUGGUUGAGUUGUACAGGUUUUAUGUGAAGUCUGAGA